GGACCGCGCCGGGGACGUCGGGAGUGCAGAGCGCGUGCCCUUUAGGUGGCCUAUAAGAGUGGGGCUGAUUGGCAAGCCGUUGUCACUUGUCACUCUAGUUCGAGAGCUCUAUGGUUGGACCAGACCUUUAACCAUCAGGGCGGGGCUCGUCGCACUUUGUCAGUAGUAGGAGGCGACCGGGUGAGACCAGAGAUGCUACCUGCGCUGUGGUCGCUCGCGCAGAGAGAACGGCUUCCCUAGGUAAGCGGCCUGGACCAAGGGAGGCUGCGCUCCCGUUAGUCAGAGAGCCAAUCAGAAUGGAACAAGCCCAGCCAGCCGUCUUUCCCCUAUAAUUGGACAGUCCUCUUGCCAAUCAUAGCAGCAGCUCAAGAAACCUCGGCCAAUAGCAAGAAGCGCCUGGCUCCGAUUUGCGGCGCAGGGUCCACGCGCUGGUUGCCGAUCGAGGUCGUCAGUCGGCGAUCACCUCCCCUCGGUCAAACCCCGGAGCAGACCAGCGUCGCUGGUGCUUGUCAGCCAGGAGCCAAUCAGAAUUGGGUAGGCCUGUGGCUCCUUCGGCUUAAGGCCGAAUUGUUUGUUCUGUGAUUGGACGAGCCUCCUGACAAUCAGGGCGGGGCCAGCGAAGACUCGGCCAAUGGCUGGAGGCAGCCAGGUCAGACCAGCGACUAACUGAAGGCGCGGUGGUCGUUUGACUGUUGGAGGGCAGCACAGGACAUCCUAAUUGUCCGCAGGUCCUCGGUGUCUAGCGCCCGCCGGCGGCCCGUCUCGUCAUGUCAGGCACUGCUUGACUUUAGUUCUUCAGGCCUCCGCCCACCCGCCUACCCGAAGCCGCGCCCACCGCCCAGAGCCAGAGGGAUGGUGGUAGUCACCGGGCGGGAGCCAGACAGCCGUCACUCGGACGGUGCCAUGUCCAGCUCCGAAGCCGAAGACGACUUCCUGGAGCCGGCCACUCCUACGGCCACGCAAGCGGGGCACGGGCUGCCCCUGCUGCCCCAGGAGUUUCCUGAGGUCGUCCCCCUUAACAUCGGAGGGACUCACUUUACCACACGCUUGUCUACUCUGCGGCGCUAUGAAGACACCAUGCUGGCCGCCAUGUUCAGCGGGCGCCAUUACAUCCCUACAGACUCCGAGGGUCGGUACUUCAUUGACCGAGAUGGCACACACUUUGGAGAUGUGCUGAACUUCCUGCGUUCAGGGGACCUGCCGCCCCGGGAACACGUGCGAGCCGUGCACAAAGAGGCCCAGUACUACGCCAUCGGGCCUCUCCUGGAGCAGCUGGAGAACAUGCAGCCGCUGAAGGGUGAGAAGGUGCGCCAGGCCUUCCUGGGGCUCAUGCCCUAUUACAAAGACCAUUUGGAGCGGAUCGUGGAGAUAGCCCGGCUUCGCGCAGUACAGCGGAAGGCCCGCUUUGCCAAGCUCAAAGUCUGUGUCUUCAAGGAAGAGAUGCCCAUCACCCCCUACGAGUGUCCACUCCUCAGCUCCCUCCGCUUCGAGCGGAGUGAGAGUGACGGACAGCUCUUUGAGCACCACUGUGAAGUGGACGUGUCCUUUGGGCCCUGGGAGGCGGUGGCUGAUGUAUAUGACCUCUUGCACUGCCUGGUCACUGACCUCUCAGCCCAGGGCCUCACGGUGGACCACCAGUGCAUCGGGGUGUGUGACAAACACCUUGUCAACCACUACUACUGCAAACGCCCCAUCUAUGAGUUCAAAAUCACAUGGUGGUGAGUCGUCUUGGAAAGCAAGAGUCCCACGAAGGAGGAUGUUCAUCCUCUUGGGUGGCUCUGGGAGUCUGAUCCCCACGGGGGCUGCUGACUGUCCCAGAAGCUGCUCAGGUAAGGACAGAGCGUGGAGGCACAGAUGGAGGGAGAGAGAGAGAGGCCCCAGGCGCUUGCCGCAGUCUCCUUGGUUUGUGUACCUUGGGGAUGCGGUCUGUUCUCACCUGGUCUUCUCUUCAAGGCCUGGCAGUCCUCACUGGAAGCCACAAGAUCUAGCAAGGAUGUCACCGAGAGUCCAGAGAGUUUUUGGAUACCUCCUUGAUGCCCUGCAGGGAAGCUCCUUCCUGAGGGAGAUACCAUCACUGCCUCCCAGCUGUUCGGACCUUCCUAAACUCAGUGCAUCAGGCGCGCUAAGGUGUGACCUUGGGGACUUAGCUAAGCAUCUGCCCUGUAGUCCUGGCCAAAGAAGAAAGCAUACGUCUCCUCCCAGUGUGCUCCUGGCUCGUCCAGUGACUUGCGGUACCUUGUCUUAGGAUGCAGAAAGAUAUGUCCCGUGCUCCCAAGACCACGCCUGUCACCUUCUCUUGGAGAUUAACCAUAGCUGCCAAAGCCACUUACCAAGCUGGGCCUUAGAAAAACCACAAUGUUUACAGCCCUGCCCUGGAACUUUGGCUUAACCCUUUUUUACAGGGUCACCCUCUCACAGGGCUGGAAUGAUAAGUUCUAAAGAUUCUUUGAGUCAGGCAGCGGAGGAGCCUGAGUCUUCUUGAUAUGCAGAUUCGCUCUUGGGAGCCAAUGUGGUGAACCUCUCUGGAAAGGAUGCUCUCGCUCUUUGAUAGUUUUUGUGUUUUUGUUUGGGGUGGUGGGAGCUUGCUCUGCAGUCAGGAGCAACUAUGACAGGGUACAACACGUACCCCGUAAACAGAGAGCUGUAGAAUAUUCCUCUGAGAGCAUUGCAUGUUUUGGCUGCACUAUAGGUUUCUAAGUAGUCCUGGGUGUCCUUGACCAUUCCUGGAUAAUUUUUUUUUAUGAAACUUUUUUUUUUAAUGUAAGGAAUUGUUAAGGGUAGCAUCGCCAAGCUCAGUCCUGUAGGAUCAGAGUGGCGCAGCCAGACAGGUGGGGGUGAAGGCAUCCGUGUGCUUCUAAGGAUUAGAAGGCUUGGGCCUUGUGGCCCCUGAGCUAACUUCCUCUGUGCAGCUGGAGGCCCGUGACUUGCCUGGUCUCUGGUGGAAACACAGUUUUGAACUUGGGUCUCACUCUGAGUUUAACAGAGUUAGAGGUUGAGGUUCUUAAGGGUGGUCAGUCAUCUUCCAGGACAUCUGCUCUCUCUCUUCUCCUCGGCAAAUCAUCGCAUCUUCUGAGGUACUGGCGCCCCUGCUUGGGGCUUCGCCCAGUAUUGUGGCUCCGGCCUUGUCUCAGCAAAGAUGUUCCUUAUUUCAACCGAUAUUAUUUUUAUUUUUAUUUUUCGGACCGGGUCUCAUGUAGCUCAGGCUGGCCUCACUUUAGCUGUAGAGCUAAGGUUGACCUCAUAUUCUUGACCUUCCUGCUUCUACCUCCGAAGCUCUGGGGGACACAGGCAUGUCCAGCCUCACCUAGCUCUUGUGGUCAUUGUUUGGAGAGCUAGUGAGGUACACUUGUUCAGGAUGAUGCCCACGCGGGUAGAAGGCAGACAAGCCUGGGGCACUUAGUAAUCAAGCUUGGAACUCUUUUCUUCCUUCUCUAGAAUAUUGCAAUGCUUGGGAAAUUAGAGUCCACAAAUAUCAGACAGAGAGGAAACAGAUCUGCUCGAAAAACUGGGCCCAGACUGCUUGCUUAAGGUUACAAGAUGGCUGGGUAAAGAUGUCGUCUUCAUAAUGUGCUGGAGCCACUGUGUUUCUGUCCCCUUUUUUAUUCUCAUAUUCUGAUAUGGGCCGUGCCAUUGUGACAAGAGAACGCUCUAGGCUGCUGGAGCAGCAGAGGGGGGAACACAAGACAGUGAGGUAGCCGGCUCAGAAAGCCCUCUUUUAUUUUAUUUUAUUUUAUUUUAUUUUAUUUUAUUUUAUUUUAUUUUUUAGAUAGUUGGCUUGAUAUUUAUGGUAUUAGGGAACAACCAUGUACUGAAUCUUCUUGUAUGGGUUUUUUUUUUUUAAAUAACAAAACCCUUUGCGUUUUAAAGCCAGCAACUUGUACACCGUCUUGCAGCACAGAAACUUUUCUUUGUACUCCAAAAUAUAUUUAUUGUAAUUCUAAUUCUCCCUUGAAUAGUAAACUAGAAACAUGAAAUAAAGCAAUAUAUAUUGGGA